AUGACAGACGACAAGCGCCGUCAAUCAGAGCUGCCGCCGACCUACGAGGAAGCAAUAGGCGAUGGCUCUCUCGUAAAUACAGGUGUGCGAGGUAAGGCGGCAAGCGGUCGAGCAGCAGCUAUAUACGCGACUAACGAAAACCUCACAGAAGAUGGCCGGAUCGAUGUCGACCUCAACUCGCGGCUUAGUAGAACUCUUUGCCGGGUCGCCAGGUUGCCGCCGACUGAUGGGGUAGACGACAAAUCCAUCGAAAAGCAAGCAGUAGGAUCCGACGAUCUCUUUCCCAUCCGUAUCAACGUAACAAUCCAAGUCGUCGGCAGUCGCGGCGAUGUUCAGCCGUUCAUUGCACUCGGGGUAGGGUUGCAACGACAUGGUCACCGAAUACGGGUGGCCACGCAUGCCAGAUUUCGAUCCAAUGUAUUGGACGCCGGCUUAGAGUUCUACUCCAUCGGGGGGAGUCCAGAGGAUCUCAUGGCAUACAUGGUGAAGAACCCUGGGCUCAUACCAAGCGUGGCUUCGUUGCGAGGCGGCGACAUUGCUCGGAAGAGGGCGAUGAUCGCCGACAUGCUUCGAGGCUGCUGGGACAGCUGCAUACAGCCCGAUGAAGCAACGGGCGUCCCCUUCGUCGCCGACGCCAUCAUCGCGAAUCCGCCCAGCUUCGCUCAUAUCCAUUGCGCCGAAGCUCUAGGCAUACCGAUGCACAUGGUGUUCACUAUGCCGUGGACUGCCACGACAGCCUUUGCACACCCACUCGCAAACAUCAAAGGCGGCCAUAACAACCGAGGGGUGACGAAUCAUGUGUCCUACCUCGUGGUCGGAUCGCUGACAUGGUCUGGGAUUGGCGACAUCGUCAACGCCUGGCGCGAGAAGCUGGGCCUCGAGGCUGUCCCGGCAACAGAAGGUCCACUGCUUGUAGAGACCCUAAAGGUCCCACACACGUAUUGCUGGUCGCCGGCGCUGGUGCCAAAACCAAAGGACUGGCCUCGUUACAUAGACAUCUCAGGCUUCCUCUUCCGCGAGACGCCCGCAUACACACCAAGCAAGGAGCUGCAAGCUUUCCUCGACGCCGGACCACCGCCAGUGUAUGUUGGCUUCGGAUCGAUCGUACUCGAAGACACCACAAAGUUGUCCGCAGCGCUUGUGGAGGCAAUUAGCAUAUGUGGCGAGCGAGCCAUUGUCUCCCCGGGAUGGAGCCGUCUUCAAGUUCCAGCGGGUCGGCAUGACUUCUUUUGUGUUGAGGAGUGCCCUCACGAGUGGCUAUUCAAGCGGGUAUCGGCGGUGGUGCAUCACGGCGGCGCCGGCACAACGGCAAUUGGGCUGCGAGAAGCCAGGCCAACUAUCAUCGUUCCCUUUUUUGGCGACCAGCCAUUCUGGGGGGAGAUGGUAGCAAUGAGUGGUGCAGGGCCAGCGCCUAUCCCGCAAAGGGAAGUGAGCGUCGCAAGUCUCACAGAGGCUAUCCGAUACUGUCAGGGACCUACCGCCCACAGUGCUGCCGCUGCGCUCUCGGAGCAGAUCAAGCACGAGAACGGCGUGCAAGCAGCCGUCACAUCAUUCCACGCCAACUUGCCGCUCGAGCGCAUGCGGUGCCGAAUGCUACCAGAUCAGCCGGCCUCUUGGACGUUGAAGAUUGGGAGGAAGAAGGUUCCGAUCUCAAGGUCCGCUGCCGAAAGCCUCGUUGCAGACGUGGGGCUGGAUCCGAGAAACCUCAAUGUCUACCAUGCAAAUCCAAUAUACAUCAGUAAUCGACGAUGGGACCCGGUGACCGGCACUGCGUCUUCAGUGAUUGCAACCGGGGUAGGUAUGGCCGAUGGAGCCACGGGCUUGAUCUUCAAGCCGGCCGAAGAGUUUCGGCGAGCGAGGAGAUGCACACCAGAGGGCACUGCGGGUAGAGCUUCCAGCUCGGAAGCCUCAGUCGCGGGCCAGCGAAUAGUGAGCGUCAGCGAGGAGCGACCAGCCGACAGUGUGCAUGAAGACGACGACGACGACGACUCAGCUGCUAGUACUCUUCACGCUGUAGCCCGGCGUAACAGCAUUACUCACGUCACGAGCUCGCAGGAUGCGACGGAAGACGGGAGCGCUCGUCGAUCGGGCUAUGCCGUCGCUGGAUCCAUGGCCGCUGCAUCGGGGAAGUCACUCGGCAAGUUCUUCACUUCCUACACUCGGGGCACGCUCGUGGAUCUUCCACUGGCGACAGCCGAGGGGUUCCGCUGCCUACCAAGGCUCUGGGGCCAGGAAGUGAAGGAGUAUGGUCAAGUCAAAGACCUGCGCAGCGGCGCCGUGGUGGCAGGCAAGACGUUCGUAGGCGGGAUGGCCACCGGAUUCCGGGACGUGGUGAUGCACCCCGUGAGGGGUGGCCAGAGCGCUGGUGUCUUGGGGGUUGCACAAGGACUUGCGACGGGGACGGGCAGCCUCGUAAGCAAUAGUGUCGGUGCAAGUCUUUCGCUAUUCGCACUACCUGCGAGCGGUUUGACGAAGAGCCUGUAUACAUUGAGCCACCGCUCCACCGCAAAGAGGGUGAUGGAGGCGAGACGGGAGGAAGGAAAGUGGCGUGUGCAAGGGCUGUCCCUCGCGCAACGUCGAGCUGUCGUCGAUGCCUACCACGAGAGCCAGCGAUGA